AUGACGAACGACGACACUGUCGCGCCUCUAGUUGACAUGCAGCUAUAUGCACCCCCGGUGGUUCCGCUUGGUGGGACGAACUGCGAGGUGCAGCUUCUGCGGCACGACUUCGGUGACGGCAGCUACAACAACCCUGCCGUCGUCAGCUACACCCCACCCAAGUCAAGAGAUUGCGGCGAGGCAGGGCAGUGGGCUGUCAUCACCCUCAACAUGACAGUGUACUCAAACGGUACUCAGUACGAUCGUCUGAGCUCACUUUACCUGUCGCACGUUGAGAUCUGGCGGCACUCGAGUGCAGAACCCACGAAAACCGGCACGAUCUGGACCGUCAAGGAUGUCACACACUACAGCGCGCUCUUCGCGGAGCCCGGCAACCUGCUCAUGGACUUUAGCAACAUCAUCUCGGCGGAUCUCCUGUUGGACGGGGUCUUCCAUGUCACCCUUACAGGAACCUUCUACGCCCCGACGCGUGCCUUCCCCAAGCCCACCGUCGCCGACCUGGUGCUACCGAUCAGCAACCUCUCGCCGAACCAAUCUAACUUCUUCACCGUCGCGGAUAACCUCGGCGGCACUGCGAGCGUGACGGUUCCGCGCACCACGCAGCAGGCCAUACUCGAGGCGCUCGUCGACGGCCAGCUCUCGGGUGUCGUGUGGCCGCACGCGGUCAUCUACACCGGUGGGAUAACGCCGACGAACUGGCGGCCAAUUACCGCCUUCGGGGCGUACGACCAGCCGACGUAUUUCAUCGACGUCACUCCAUUCCUCCCGCUCCUCGCGGACGGCGCCCCGCACAACAUCACGUUGCGCGUGCUCGGGCAGGGCGAGGACCCGACCAUCAACUCGAACUGGUUCGUGUCCGGGUCGCUGCACGUGUGGGUCGGGAAGAAGAACGUGUCGGGCACAAUGACGCGGUACGAGAUCGACGACGCGCCGGCGUCGAGGACGAGCGGGCGCGCAUCUGCGGACAACGCGACCGUGUACACGUCUGUCGUGGCGAACCGCACGGUUCUCAUCGAGUCCGUAUUGUAUAGAGAUAAGGGCCGGCAGGUAGUCCGCUUCGAGCAGCACCUCGCCUACUCGAACGACCAGAAAUAUGAAGACGACGGUUGGGUCCAGUGGGGCACGCAGCUCACCGAGGGCACUACGCUCUCCACGCACGGCUCCAGUGUCGUGCUGCGGGACGCGUUCUCGUAUCCGCUCUCCGUGUUCUCGAACUACUCGCAAUACGAGCUGGAAUACGGCGGAUACGGCUCCGCGAUCAACCAGACGUACGCCCGCGCGCUCCGCACGCCCGCCUUCGCGCACGCCUCGCGCACGACGCUCUCCGUGCAGCACGCCCGCGGCACCGUCGGCAUGGACGCCUGGCCGGGGCUCCGCCACGCGAUCAACGGCACGGGCGCGACCGCGCAGCGGCUCGCGUUCGCCGCGGGCUCGGGCGAGGCGUACUUCCGCGCGAGCGCGGCCGCCGACGACGCGUGGACGCGCGACGCGGUGUGGGGCACGCCGGAGCUCGUCGCCGCCGCGCCGCGGGUGCCCGAGGCGCAGAUCAAGCCCGGGGGAGGCCCGGGCUUCCGCCGUGAUCUCGCGGUGGGGGCGGUCCUUGGGCAUGCGCCGCGCGUGGGGGGUAGAAGGGGGGUGUGA